AUGAAAAAAAACAAGCUAGGAAGAGAGUGCAGAUCCAUCUUCAUAAAUCUGAUAAAGACAACGAUUGGGUCUGGAAUACUCAGAUAUCCGUUUCUCUUUAAAAUGUAUGGGAUUUGGUAUACAGUAGUCUUGACGCUUAUUUCUGCAUUGGCAUCACUCCUGGGGCUGUGGCUAUACAUAGACUUGAAUGACUUCUAUGGGCUAGACAACACAAUGUCAACCAUAGCCAGAUACAUCUAUCCCACCCUGCAACCAAUUGUGAAUGUGACUGUAUCUGUCAAGUGCUUCCUAGUGUGCACAGCAUAUCUUGUUCUACUCAAGAACAAUCUUCCGGGGACAAUAAGAAGCAUCUUUGGCUUGGAAAGUGACUACAAGAUCCUAUGCAUGGCCGGUGUGGUUCUAUGUGUAUUCCCAUUUGUGUCUAUGCAAAAGAUCGAUAGGCUGCGAUACACAUCAUCGUUUGGAUUCGGGGCAGCCAUAGCCCUCGUGGUGUUAUCGAUAUACAGGUAUGCAGUCUCGAAGGAUGUGCCUGUCUAUACCGAGUCAAAGGAUGGGAACAACUAUCUAGGGGAGCUGGGGAGCUUUGUGUUUGGAUUUACCUGCCACCAGAAUAUAUUUUCUGUCCAGAAUGAGAUGAUGGUGAGCGACAAGACAGCCUUGAAAAUAACUGUGUUUCUGGUGCUUCUGGUGGCGUCCCUUGUAUACAUAACCUUUGGGCUUACCAACUAUCUUGUGCUGGGAGACAGGAUGAGCGAGAACUUCUUCGAAAAUAUACCCGAGAGGAUGAGAAACGUGGUUGCUAUGUUCUACUUCCUUGUUAUAAUAAUGUCCAUCCCACUGCAGACGCAUCCAUGCAGAACAUACCUCCUCGAUCUUUUCGACACAAGGUAUUCUGUGGAUGGGAAGUACUGGCACCUCAGGUUUGUAACAAGCAUAUUCAUAAUACUACUGUCAUUUACGAUUGCCAUGAACGUGUCGAAAAUGGAAAGGCUUUGCGAAGUCAUAGGAGGGUCCUUUUCCACGCUCAUGUGCUUUAUAUUUGCAUCUUUGUAUUACUUCAUUGCGUUCUGGAACAGAGGAUUUGAAAUGAAGAAGAUCACUGCACUCUUUGUACUGCUAUACGGAGUUGCUGCAUUUACAUCUCUAUUCCUUGCAUCAUGA